AUGCCUUCACAUCAUAAGUUCUCGCGUUCGGAACUUAUUCGUCUUCAUUCCAAGACCUUACAAGUUAGCCGUAAUGUUGUUUCGCUGCUCAAAGCAUUUAAUAUCUUCAAGCACCAGAGAGGAAAGGGAGGUGGUAGACGAAAGAAAGCUGAACAAGAACUCUCUAGAAUCCCAGUUCGUAUUACAUGGCGAUCAGCAAACAAAAUCAAUCACACGGAACGAAGGCCUAGGGCUCUUACAAGCAUUCCGCGGAAAGUUAACUCAAAUGUAAGAGGCAG